CUUUUCUUUUACCACAUACCAAAUCAUGGAAAUUUAUUAUUGAAGUUCCUUAUUCGAAUGUUUGUGGUGUAGGUGUUAAAGAAAAUUUCAAUCAAAUUCUACCGAUUCUUUCCAUUAUUUUCUCAUCAACGCUAGAAGAAAUCACAGAUGAGAAUUAUCAAUUAUCUAUUGCAAAAGAAGAAGAACUCGUAGCUCGAUUCUUAAAAGCAUACGACGAUCGAACUAUCGAUCGUAUAUCAGUAACAACAAAUGAUGGUAUUGAUAUAGACGUUAGUUUCGAACCAAUAACCAACGCUGAUCAAUGUUGCACAUAUAUUUAUAAUUGUAUUCGAAAGUAUGCUCCAGACUUACCGAAAAACAAAAUCUAUGAACUUUCAUUUACGAAAUUUUUAUAUCGUCGUGUACGCUUCUUUGAAAAACAUUACUAUCGUGGGAAUCAAACUAUUAAACGAUUAGGUAGUAUUGCUAUGCAACAGAUGAUUAAUGAAGCAAAAUCUUUAACACAAAUUAAUUUUCGAGAUAGUCAUUAUCCUCGUGUUUAUCUUGUUUAUGAUCCUGAAUUUUCUUUACAUUUAUUACAUGGUGAUUGGAAUCAUGUUUCAUCUGAUCUAAAAAGCCUUCUUGGUACUAAUGAUCCAUUAAAAUCUGAAUAUUAUGCAAAAAAAGAUUAUUAUGCUGAAUGUUUAGCAUGGUUAAUUAAUAUUAAAUAUGAAACAUUUAUGAAAAUUGUUCAUGAAACAAAAUUUAUUCUAACAGAAAAUUUUGCUUAUAAACUUUUUCACGUACAUGAAAGAAAAUUGACAAAAUUAGCUUUAAUAAUUGAAGAUCUAGAAAAUGAUGAUGAAGAUGAAGCUGAACUUCUUAAUCAACGACCGACGCAAAUGCCAGCUCUACCUGCAGCAGCACAACAAGCACAAAACAAUGAAUCGAUUGAUGAUGUUCUAUUAAAAGAAAUCGAACAAUCUUUAAAAAAUGAAGAAUUUAAAAAAACUAUUUUAUAUCAUAUUUGGAAAACGAUUCUAAAUGUUUCAACGGAAAAUGCUACGGGCUUCAACAGCAACUUUAAUUGA